CGAAACCAUAAAGAAGGGAGGGCAGGAAGAGUGGAGGGGGUUGGUCUGCUUUCUGUGAUUUCUGAAAAAGAGAAGUCCCUGUGACUACCAGAAAACAGCUGACUUUCUUGCUGGAUGGCUGCUUUUUCUCCACUAGGGAACAAGGAAGAGCAGCAAGAAGUAAUGGCUGGCAUAGAUAUCAAGUGUGGUUUAGGUGAAGGCUUAAGCCUUUUUUAGUUUGUGUAUUCCUCUUAUCACAGAAAAUUCACUGAGGAAAAGGAUGAAACAUCUGUAGAGUACCAUCAUCACGUGAAAAGCAGUAGCACAUUGAGGAAGAGCAGCAACAAAUCACGGCUGGUGGAGACAUCAAAUGCAUUUUCCUGCCUGCACAAAACCUAUUUCAACAAGAUUUUUGGUAGCUAUGAUCUCUGAAACAGUUUGGAUGGCUAAGAUUAUUCAUUAGGAAAUGGAUAGUGUUUCUGAGAGAAAUGGACACAAAAAUUCACAGGCUAAGCUUCCAACAGCACUGAACAGGCAAGACACCCUUUGGUGACUGUUUGAGGAGAAAAGCAACAGCAAAUCAAAGCUCCUUAGAACAAUUUUUACUUUGAACUCACCACCUCCGAAGUCCUUUGGUCCAGAAGAUCCCAAUAAACAAAACACACCAUUGGCUAAAGACAUGAUGAGUACAAACAGUCCUGAAGAUGCUGUGACUGACUGUCCACUGAACAUAAAGCAAAAAGAGGCUUUGGAGCCUCUCUCUAAAAAACAAAAAAUGGACAUUCUGGAUAGUUCCAAUCCUGAUAUUUCCUCUAAUGAGUUCAAGUUGACUUUAAAGGAUCCUAUUGUCUUCAACUGUAACCUUGCUGUGUGAAGCCCCACGGACUUGUCAAAUGAGGAAGCCCCUACCAUCUUAUCAAACACAAAUACCAAUGUUGGUGUGUCCAAGGGAGAUUCUCCAGCUGACACAGAAAGUUCACAGUCACCAAGAAUUCACCUGCAAAGGUUAGAUCAGUGGGAACGCCAUGCUUUUCAGUUACUAGUAGCCCAGUAUGGAGUAUCAUUCAGGAUUAACAAUCUGGAACAAUUAAGUGAUCCCUUCCAAGCACAAGAGAAGUUCCAUGACAUUCUACAGCAACUGAUUGAUGAAUUUAAUGAGAAAGUACACUAUGAUGACUUAGUUCAACUAUGUCUAGACAGCGAUCAGUUAAGCGUUCCUUUUAUCUUUGUAAAGAGGCACAAGGAACACUUGUCUGCUGUGGACUUCCUCAACAACAUUGCAGAUUUGUCACAGAGCAAUAGAGAGAUCCACCUUGAUGGCACAUUACGACUUGUUGUCACAGUGAUCAGAAAUAAGGGUGGGUAUGGGCGUAGAACUAUAGGAUCUAUACUUUACAGUGAAGUAUUACACAAGAAGAAAAGGCAUUUAGUGGAUCUAAAUAACAGAGGCAAUAAUCUGUGUUUUGCUGGAAGUCUAUGCAGUUAUGACAACUGAGAAUCACACUGAUGCUAACUUGAUGGAAAAUGCUAGACGUUUAUAUGAGGAGCUUGGCAUUUCAGCUGAGAGAAGAAUAACACUGAGUGAUGUAGUGACCUUUGAGAGACAUUUAAAAGUAAAUAUAGGUGUGGUCCAUAAUGUCAAUGAUGAGUGGAAGAUCUUUAGGUCAGAAGAAGGCCCAAUAUACGAACAAACAUAUUUCCUAUUGCUAUAUGAUGAACACUAUUAUGGGAUUCGAAAUAUAAAAGGAUUCUUCGGUAUGAAAAACUGUUGCAGUGUGUGUGGUACUGUCUACAGCCACAGCCAUAAAUGCAAGUACCUAUGCUCUCUGUGUUUAGAAAGAAAUUGUGAACCAGGAUUUGGGAAAUGUUGCCCUAAUUGUAAACUGUUUUGCAAUCUGAGACCUGCUUGGAAAGACAUAGUGUUUUGGCAUCAGAAAAAAAGGUCAAGUGCGAGAAAACAAGGCGUGAAAGGAAGUGCUGCAAACAGUGUCAGAAUCCAGUUGUCGAUAUCAACACUCAUCUAUGCUUCAUGUACCCUCUCAAAAAUCCUAAAAUAUCAAACAAAUAUAUCUUCUAUGAUAUUGAAUGCUUACAGGAGGCAGGCAAUCACACCCCCAUCUAUAUUUUUGCCAUGUGCUUAGAAAAGGGUGAUACAUGGGUGUUCAAAGGAACAAAGUGUGUUUCAGAUUUUGUUAGUAAAUUUAUUAAACCAAAAUACAGAGGCUACACUUUCAUAGCCCAUUAUGCCAUGCGUUACGAUAGCUAUUUUAUUGUCCGACAGCUGUUGACUGAAAGACAAAAGAUAAAGCUCAUAGCACAGGCUAGCAAGCUGAUUUGUGUAACUGUGAUUAAACUAGGCAUAAGGUUUAUAGACAGUUCAAAUUUCCUCCCCAUGAAGUUAGCACAACUUCCUCAAGCUAUGGGUUUUGAAGGAAGCAAGAGCUUUUUCCCACAUAUUUUUAAUACAACAGAGAAUUUAAACUAUGUAGGGCCUAUGCCUACAAUGGAGAACUAUGGUAUUGAUAGCAUGAUGCCACUGGAGAAAGCAACAUUUCUUUCAUGGUACAGGGACAAUGAAAACAACACCUUUGAUCUACAAAAAGAACUUGCAUCUUACUGUCAGCAAAACGUCAAAAUUUUGAGGAAGGCUUGUACCUUGUAUAGAGAAGAAAUUAUGGCAAUGACUGUUACGGAAGAAGCUGCCAACACAAAUAGUAAUAAACAGCACAAAUCAGGAAUAGACCCUUUCCAGUUAGUAACCCUUGCUGGUGUUUCAAUGGCUAUGUAUAAAUAUAUGUUCUUACAGCCAAACACCAUAGCAAUUCUUCCACAUGACAACUACCAUAGACAGACUAAGAGAUAUUCUACCCCUGCAAUACAAUGGCUUAUGUAUUUGGAACAUACAGAAGGCAUUGAGAUUAAACAUGCUCUGAAAGGUGGGGAGGAAAAAGUAGGCAGAUAUUUUCUUGAUGGGUAUGCAGAGGUCGAGGGGUGCCGUACUGCCUUUGAGUUUAAUGGAUGUUUUUUUCAUGGUUGUUCCAUCUGCUAUGAACAGAAUGCCCGGAAUCCUAUCACAGGCACAACAUAUUGUGAACUUAAAAAGAACAUGGAGAAAAAACAUAGCUAUCUUAGUACAAAAGGCUUUGUAGUCAGAAAUAUUUGGGAGCAUGAAUGGAAGGAGAUGCUAGAAUCUGAUAAGAAUCUUAGAGCAUUUCUCUCUAAAAACAAACUGCCAAUCCCUCUGCAGCCCAGAGAUGCUUUCUUUGGGGGCAGAACAAAUGCUGUCUCCCUAUACUACAAAGCAAAGCAUGGGGAGGAAAUCCACUAUUAUGACUUCACUAGUUUAUACCCAUUCGUUAACAAAACCAAAGAAUACCCAAUUGGGCACCCUAGCAUAAUUUAUAAAGACUUUAGGCCACUUUCUGAGUAUUUUGGAAUUGCAAAAGUUAAAGUGCUUCCCCCACGAGGCCUUUUUUUCCCUGUGUUGCCUACUAAGAUGGGGGGUAAGCUUAUUUUUACUCUCUGCCGUACAUGUGCAGAAACCAAACAGUGGGAACCCUGUGCUCACAGAGAUGAGGAACGAGCUCUUGAAGGAACGUGGUGCACUGUGGAACUCCUGAAGGCUAUAGAGAAGUCCUAUAGAAUAAUCAGCAUUUCUGAAAUAUGGCAUUUUGAACAACGAUCUAAAGAUCUGUUUUCAGAAUAUGUCAACAAGAACCUACGCCAGAAACAAGAAGCUUCUGGGUACCCUAGCUGGUGUACAGAUGCAGAAAAGAAGAACAAAUACAUCAACACUUUCUAUGAGAAAGAAGGUAUUCAGUUACGUCCUGAUCAGAUUGUGAAGAACCCCACAAAGCGCCAAAGUGCUAAAUUACUUCUAAACUCCUUAUGGGGUAAAUUUGGUCAACGUACAGAUAUGUCUAACACCAGUAUUGUAAGAGAACCUUCAGAGGUUCUGAAUUAUGCAUUUUCCACAAAAUAUGAGGUUAUAAGCUUUGAUGUUAUCAAUGAUGAUGCUGUUAUCAUUUCCUGGAAAUAUGCUAAAGACCAUUACACACAAUCCGGAGACACAAAUGCCAUAAUAGCCUGUUUCACCACUGCUUAUGCACGGUUAGAGCUGUAUGAUGUAUUGGACAGAUUACAAGACCGCUGCUUGUAUUAUGACACAGAUUCUGUCAUAUUUGUGAGUCGGCAGGAGGACUGGAAACCACCUUUAGGGGACUUCUUGGGGGAUCUGACCAGUGAGAUCCCAGCAAAUCAAUAUAUUACAGAAUUUGUAUCUAGUGGACCCAAGUCAUAUGGGUACAAGUUGUCAGAUGGUCAGGUUUGUAUGAAAGUAAAGGGCAUUACUCUGAAUGUAUCUAACUCUGAAAAAAUCAACUUUGACACAUUUAAGGACCUAGUCCUAGAUUAUUGCCCAUAUAAUGACCACCAAAACCCCAAAAACAUUUUGGUUAAACAAGAUAGAAUUGUCAGUACUAAAGGAACCUUACUUAUUCAGAUCAAGUCCUUUCAGAGAACACUGAGGGUAACAUAUGAUAAGAGAGUGCUCUGCAAAGACUUCAAAAGUUUACCUUAUGGAUAUUGAGGCAUUACCUCUGUUAUUAUUGAAAAUAAAUGAGGUGUAUGCAUUUAAGAAACAAGCAGAGAUGGUUUGAUGUCAUAUCUGGAAGAGUAGCCAGAGCCUCCCCAUCUAUUAAGAAGUCUUGCAAAACCCAACCUCCAUUACAAGAUGGUUAAAAUCCAUACUCAUUUCACAUGUUUUUUUAAAGGCUUAGUCUUGUGGAAUGGAUCUCCUCUGUCUUAAAAACAUAUUUGCUCCUGGCCUGUGGUUUUUGUUUUGUUCUUAAUAAAUGCACAUCUUCUGUGGUCUUAUUCUGCUGUAUGAUAUAAUUUUUUAUUAUCUUGAACCCUUAAAAAAACUCUGGAAAUUUGAUACAUGAAAAAUGUUGUGUGAAAUAUGAAUUGCACAGUCCUGUACAUAUCUGUUCAGAAAUAAAGACUGUUCAGGUCACUGGCUCUUUGUUCUGCUAUUAGUUGAUUUUGACGUAGGGCAACCCUUUAAAUGAGAGCCCUCCAAGGUCCUCAUUCAUCCACUGACCUCUCAAAUCUUGAAAAAACUGGGCCAUGCCUUCCUUGAUUGAAUCAAUCCACCUGAAAUGUGGUCUCCAUCUUUUCCUACUGCCAUUGACUUUACCAAGCAUUAUUCAUUUUUCCAAUGAAUCAUGUUAUCUCAUAUAACCGAAGUACAACAGCCUCAUUUUAGACUUUUUUGUUUACUCCUUAUAAACCCCAGGUCUAGACUAUUUGAAAGACCAUAUAUCUCACAUAUGAACCCUAAGAUUUUCAGGAGAAGGCUUCCUCUUGGCCCUGCCACCAUCACAGGCUCACUUGGUGAGGACACAAGAGAGAGCCUUCUCAGUGGAACUUCUUAGUUCCAUCCUCUGGAACUCCCUUCUGUGAAAGGCUAGACAGGCCCCUUCCCUUCUUUCCUUUCGCUGGCAGGUGAAAACUUUUUUCCCCAGCAGGCUUUUAACACAUAAUAGUGCACUUGAGGGUUCUUCUUGGGGUGUUUGUUUUGGUAUGCUUUUUAUGAUUUAAUAUUUUUAACCUAGUAUUUUAAAGGAUUUUACAUUUUUAACUGAUGAUAUUAAUGUGGUGUUUUAAUUGCAUUUUAAAAUUGUACUCUUUUAUUAAAUCUUUUAUGAGCUGCCUUAGGUCCAAGAAAGGCAGCAUAUAAAAUAGAUAUAAUUAAAAAGAUAUAUGUAAAGUGUCAAAUAAAACAAAACUUUAAUAAAGUUGUUUUUAAUCAUU